UCUGUUCAUCGAUUUUCAGUAGAAAAUGUCCGAUUUUAUGACUACCGUUUUGGGGGAGGAAAACUCACAAAAAGAUAGGGUGGCAGCAACAGAGUUCAAGCGUCCAAGUUGUCAUAUCUUUUUUGAUAAGUUUAGAUUCUGCCGAUCAUCCUGGAACCAGUUCCACAGAUACUACAUCUAUGGGAGUAUGCAAGAUUGUGCGAUAUACUUUCAAGCCUUCAGAAGCUGUAUGUCGUACACAUUUACAAAGUCUCCAGAAGCAAAGGCAAUAAUGCAGGAAGCCUUGGAAAUGGAUGAAAUUAAAUUUACGUCAUCUUCAGUAUGGGAAAGAAGAGAGAAACCUAGUGAACAUUGGAAUCAUGAUAGAAGUUAAUCACUUCUUGGUUAAUGUGAUCAUUCAAAUUGGAACUUCUGAGAAGGAUCAACAAGUACAAGAUCUAGAGUCAAAUAAAGAGGGAAAAGUGUUUGCAGCAUAUUUUUUUAAUAGAAGCUCCUGGUUGCAGCAAGUCUACAUGCAUGGAGAAAGUUCACCCUUUGCCUCUUCCUUGAAGCCACUCUGUUCGAAGCAUCUAUCAGUCAGAGGCAAUUAUUCUUAGUUUUUAUUUUGGAUAUAAAGUGUAGUGUUUUACUAAGAUUUUCAGCCUUGAGAAAAGCCACAACUGCACAUGAAAAAUUACAAUUUUUUUGAACAAGUUUGACAUUGCUACUCAUUAAUUAAGUCUACGUUUCUUGUCAGUAAAGGCCUGUGGUGUUUUUGUUAUAAACAAAAUAAUAUACAUCUGUUUGUAGAUAUGGAGUCAUUUAGCAAGAAAUGGUUAAAUUAAGGACAAUCACAGACAAAAGAGGCGAAUAAUAUCAUAAUGAUAAUAAAACAUAUAAAUUAUCGAUUGAUCUGCUAGACAUCAUGAUAGUCAUUAUGAAUAUAUUUUUUUAAAUGUUAACCAAGUUCAACAACUUUUUCAACCUUUGUUAUAUUUUCUGUUUUUUUUUUUCCUUUGGACAAUACAUCACACUGAAACUUAUAGAAAGAGAUAAUGGCAAGGACCUGUUUUCUUAACUUCCCUCACAGUGACUCACUAGAUACAUUCUUGUAUUUUCUUCAAAUUGUAUUGUUAAGUUUAUUUCUUAAAUAUAUUUAUUGGAUUGUUAUCCAGCCUAAAAUAUGUGUUACAUGUGCUAAAAAAGUGAUCUUAUGUAAUAAAAAAGGAUUAGGACAAUGA